AUGUCAUUCCGUAGCAUAGUUUGUGACGUUCGUGAUAGUUUUGGGAGCUUAUCUAGGCGUAGUUUUGAUGUCAAACUUAUUGGUCAUCAUCAUAGAGGAAAAUCUCAUGGUUCGGUACAGGAUCUGCAUGAUCAGCCGCUUGUAAUUCAAAAUAGUUGCUGGGCGAGCUUACUCCCAGAAUUACUCUUUGAUGUCAUUCGACGGCUAGAGGAGAGUGAGAAUACUUGGCCUUCACGGGAGCAUGUAGUUGCUUGUGCUUCUGUUUGCCAGUCUUGGAGGAAUAUGUGCAAGGACAUUGUUAAGAGCCCUGAGUUCUGCGGCAAACUUACAUUCCCUGUGUCCCUGAAGCAGCCUGGGCCGCGAGAUGGAAUCAUUCAAUGCUUUAUCAAAAGAGAUAAAUCUAACUUAACAUACCACCUAUUCCUUUGUUUGAGCCCCACUUGGCCAAAUGGAAAGUACACAAAAGGAGCUAAAUAUGGGAAGCAGUUUGAGAAAUAUUUCAACCCUGAUAUAUCCAAAGCUUACAGAAACAUCGACAUGGAUACGCGCACUAUAAAUCAAAUAAUUGCCAACCAUUUUUAUCGCCAGGGUCUUUUUGAUGUUGGGGACCAUUUUCUAAGUGCAGUUGGAGAACCUGAACCUGCUGCAAUUAUGAAAUCUCCAUUCCUGGAAAUGUAUCAAAUACUCCAGGCCAUGCAGAAUCAGAACCUGGAGCCAGCACUCAACUGGGCUGUGACUAAUUCUGACAAACUUGCUCAAAGUGGAUCAGACAUUGUGUUGAAACUUCACUCGAUGCAAUUUGUAAAAAUACUUCAAAAUGGUGGAAGUAGAGAUGAAGCCCUUCAUUAUGCAAGAACUCACCCUUUCUCCUUUUGCUAG